AACCGGUGAACACGAAAGCUUCGUCGGGGUGGCACGCAGCUAUAUCCCAGGUUUACGUUACACAUACUUCAUCUUUUGCAACUGUUUUAUUUUCAAAGGAAUUACUUUUUAGUCAUUCGCUCGUGCUAACAGUUUAGUGGAGUACGCUGGGAGGUCCACUGUUUUACACGCCGCAGUUAAGUCCGUAUCCGACUUCACGAGACAAACCGAGAACGACACACACACACUACCACAGUAAGGAGAGUUUAAAUGAGCUAAGCUAGCCUAGCUCCAUCCAUGGACAACAGGGAUAACAAAUGGAGCAAAACACAGCGCAAGCGUGCCAUCUACCGUCAGUUAGCUAGCAAUUAACGUUAAGGUAAGAGUGUUUUCUCUAAAGCUUGUUGUAACGUUACUUAAUGUUUAGAGAGACAACCAUAUUUUAACACCAGAGCUGAGAUUUAAAGUUCCUUUCUAUAGUGUGGCACAUAGCUAAACGCAACAAAUAGCUAUUUAGCUAGCUCGUUAACUCAGCGUUACAAUUUAACUCAACAUUAGGUAACGACGUGGAGCGCGUAUGUUUCCAUAACAACCUGUAGGGUUAUACGGGGGAGACAUUAGGGUCAAACUUAACAACUUUGCGGAAGUAGUUGAAUGUUAAAACGUCACCAUCUAUUACUCCGUAGUUAUUAUUUCAAACUAUCAGACGUAAAGCUGAGUAUUCAUCAUUAGAGCAUGUUAACGAAAUCCCUUUAAGUUUAUUGAUAAGAUAGCUAGCUAAAGUAUGUUUAAGAAGUGGGGAACGUGGCUUGGGGUAGAAAACGAAAAUGGCCAAGAAGAAGAAGAAGAAGAAGCGUCUGUUGUCGUCGUUAAGGAAGACAAGAAUGUGGACACAAACCCACCGACUGCUGUCCAACCGCCUCAGCUUCUCCAACAGGCUCAGGGCUUCAGUGGCUACAUUUAUAAUUUCGCCAGCAGUGCCUCAAAGAAACUGUCCGAGUCCGUUGUCGAAACAGCACAAACCCUAAAGAAAAGUGUGGAGGAAGGGAAGAUCAAUGGAAUUAUUGAUAAGACCAUUUUGGGUGAUUUCCAGAAAGAACAAGAAAGAUUUGUUCAAGAGAAAAAAGCUAAAAUGUCUGGUGCUGCUGUACCACCAUGGGUUGGUUAUAAUGAAGAGGACACCAUACAGCAACAGAUAUUAGCUCUCUCAGCUGACAAAAGAAAUUUUUUGCGAGAUCCUCCAGCUGGGGUGCAUUUUCACGUUGACUUUGAGCAAAUGUAUCCCGUCGCCAUGGUGAUGUUGGAAGAAGAUGAGCUCCUUCAGAAGAUGCGCUUCCAUCUGGUCCCCAAACAGGUGAAAGAGGAAGCCUUCUGGAAGAAUUACUUCUACCGUGUGUCUUUGAUCAAACAGUCAGCUCAGCUCACAGCUCUAGCAACACAACAGGCUGCUGAACGGAGAGACAGUCCUCCCAAGACUCUUCAUCAAAAGGAUGUAGUUAAACUGAAAACGUCCCCUGCCGUCUGCAGUACCAAACCAAAGUCAAGGGAGGAAGAAGAGGAGAUCUCCACCAGCCCGCUUGUGACUGAAUUUGUGAGCGAUGCUUUUGACUCAUGCAAGAUAAAUGAGAACGACCUACGCAAAGAAAUGGAACAGCUGGUUCUGCAACCGAGCACACAUCAGGCGGAGACUCCUGACUGGGAGAGAGAGCUGCAGGAGGAACUUCAGGAGUACGACAUGUUGGCCGACAAUGAGAACCGUGAUGACAACUGGGACAGGGAGAUUGAAGAGAUGCUAAUGGAGGACAGUUAGAACACUUACACAAUCUGCUCCAAAGACCCCUUUGAAGGUUGGCAGCAGCAGCGCCGCGUCAGACACCUUUCUGGUGUGGAAAGACCGAAAACAACUGACACGCAGCCGCCACGCAGCUGAGACGCAACAGAAACGCCACGCUCACGCCAUGCAGCCAGUGUACAGGAGGCCUUAGGCUGUAGCAGCAAAACCAGUGAGUAUACUGAAUUGAGCAAGGGUGCGUUUCAUUUCUUUAAAACCCUUAAUUUGUAAGAGGUAGAAUGGGUUUUGUCUUCUUUCAAAAGUUACAUAGGCUCACUUUUGAAACUAUUAAAAUAUCAUGAACUGCGACAGGUGAGGAUUUCAUGUUCAACAGUAGAGUAUUUUUUUUAAACAAAGUUUAUCCUACAGUACAACUGAGCCAACUUUUAUAUAUAUAGUAAAUGGAAAUGAUGCUGUGAUGGUCGCUAAUAAUAGGUGUUAGCCUAUUUUAAUCUAACUUUUUAUGAUGUGUUGAGAAUAGAAUGUAAUUCAUCAUACCUGUAACGCACGUGUAUUUAUCAAAAUGACAACAUGGUUGGCUGAACAUCUAUAUUUUUUAUGAUUAAAUGCAUUGUCUCCACAUGCACACAUAUACUGUAGAUGCUGAUAUAAGGUGCUUUAUGGAGACUGGCAUGUGCUCUUCCUGCCUCCAGACACAAUGUUUUCAGACCAAAAAGAUAAGAUAUAGACCAAAAAUCCAUUAUCUUUUAUGUUGUUCUUUACUGUAUAUGCAAACUUCAAUGUAGUGUUACUUUAUUUUUAAACCUUAACAUUUACUACUUUCUAAAAUGUGUUGACGUUUUCUUAUACUAAUGCGCGUGAUCCUGUUAAGAUGCAUGUGUGUUGUUUUUGGAUACAGUCCUGUACCAGACAUAUAAAAACAUAUCAAACCAGA